GAAAGUUUCCGGAGUCGCCAUUGCGCGUAAAACCACCCGGAACGGCGGCUAUGUGCGCAGGGGAAACACGGAGGCAACUUUAAUAUGUGAGGAUACUUGCCUGUUUUUCUCCGAGCUGCCAGAUGAAGCGUCUCAUGGGUUACAUCCUCCUCAGUUGGUUUCUGGCUGUGACUGAAGCAGAUGACUUUUCAGGAGACCACAGUCUGACCAUCUUCGUGACCUUCGCUCCUGGCCAUGCCUACAUCCCAGAGUACAUGUCCCAUGGGAUGCUCAACGACCUCAAGGUUUUCCACUAUGACAGCAGCUCCAGGAUGUUUUCCAGCCCCAUGAAACAUCAUACCUCCCUGUCAUCGGUGUGGACGGACCUGCAUGCCUGCACAGCUUUCAAAACCGAGUACUUCCGACGGUUUUUAAAUGAUGCAAACUCAACAUCAGGACUAAAUGGUCCAAUAUUGCAGCUUAUGUAUGGCUGCAGGGUAACAGACGAGGGAAAGCAGGCAAACAUUUACCGCUUUUCAGUGGACGGGAGGUACACGUUCACCCUGGACGAGGAGGGCAUGCGAUGGAAGACCUGGGACACUUACACGGCCAACCUCAAGAAAAUACUAGAUAGUUUCCAAACUUGGAAUCUAAAUAAUUUAAAGUACCUGAAACAGGACUGUGUUCCCAGGUUAAAGAAAUUCUAUGAGUACGGGAAAGAGAUAAUUCACAGAAAAGAAAGGCCCAGUGUCACGGUCCAGGCUAAAAGCGGCACAGUCGCAGUCCUUCUCUGUGUUGUGACCGGCUUUUACCCCCGAGAGGUGUCGGUGCGCUGGGAGCGGGACGGGAAGCCAGCCUCGGCCAACGUGACCUCCACUGGCCUCCUGCCCAACCCAGACCUCACCUACCAGGUGCGGGUACGACUGGAGAUGCCCCCUACAGGCCGGGACAGAUACUCCUGCCGUGUGGAUCACAGCAGUCUAGUGGAACCUCUGUAUGUCCACUGGGAGCCACCCUCGGCUGGGCUGAUCUCCAGGCGGGCAGGUUCGGUGGCCGUGUGCGGACUGGUGGCUCUUCUGUUCCUUAUGGUGCUGCUUUGCCUCUUGGGGAGAUGUAAGCAAGUUGAGGCAGCUCACGGUGAGCAGCGUUGAUGCCUGAUCAGCAGUCUACGUGUGCGAGCUUUAUACUUGGAAAGCUGUGUCUUAGAAUUGUGGCUGAAACCACUCAAGGCUACUGUGCAGGUUAGGGCCUUUUCCUAGUGGCCAUAAACUUUAAUACCACGUAUUAGUUUUUAAGGUUUAGAAAGCACUUAGUAGUGCUUUAUAGUGAUAAUAAUGUUGUGUUAUUUGUUAUUACUUUAUAUUGUCUAAAGUUUUAAAAAAUAUAUUCAUACACUGUGGGUGAUACUAGCUCUUUCCAGAAAAGUUUUCUUUUUUUUUUUUAAAUAAAAAU